CCACGAGAAACGGCCCCACCACCUGGAAAACCCGAGAACCAGAUUGGAACAACAGCACCCUAUCUAGGGACCCUAAUUGUAACUAGUUAUCUACACGACCGCACCUGUCUUCCACUGCCAACUUCACUCUCUUUACAAAUUUUAGUUGGAGAGUGUAGAUGCAUUCAUGGAAUGUGGUGCUGUCCAAAGAAUUUCUCGAUGUAAAAAAAAAUUACCAGACAUCAGUUAACCUAGCCAGCCGUACUGUGUAAUUAUCUCGAACAUUUAUUCAAUUCUCGUGCAUCGAAAUAGAGAAACUUAAGUGACGAAGUCUCUCAUUUCCAUAAUGCUACCGAUGAAGUAAAUCAAUUGUGUUCUAUGUAUGGAGGUGAAUAGGAGUAGUAGUAGUAGACUACAGUCGUAGAGGUACUGUAUUUUUCCUUGAAAUAUAUUCACUGGAGUAACUAUGGACAGCUCGGAGUAUGAAUUAGUCCGUAACUUGACACUGCUCUUCUUUUUCGAACGUUUAAUGGAUAAAGGUGGGCCACGUACGCUUCACGAUUUAAGUUGUCAAUUUGGAGCUAAAGGUUUCACAAAAGAAAUGAGACAAAUUGCUGGUGGAUCACAAAGUGGCCUGCGUAAAUUCCUAGCUCAAUAUCCAACAUUAUUUGUUAUUGAUGGCGAUUAUGUAUCUGUCAACACUUUUCAACCAGUUAUUGAGCAAGACGAGGGAAGUAAAGUGAACAACAAAAGGGAUUAUGCACGAGAGGCUGUUGAAUAUUUUACGAAUAAAUUAGUGCAGUACGGCGAUGGGGCUGAAGUGCCGAUUAAAAGUCUUCUGGGCCAUCGUUCACAGGCCUCACCGGAAGUUAGACAUAUUUCAGGUCAGCAUUAUCGAGAGUUUCGUGAUUUUUUGAUGAAAUACUCCGAUGAUUUUAUUGUUGUCGAUGAAAAUGUCAAGCUCAAGCGUUUCGAAGGAAUGGAGGCUGUGCCAUUCAAGGAAUUGGAACCGGAAAUACCAGUUGAUCAAGAAGUUACCCGAAAGUUACUUGACUUCUUUAUUGAUUGUAUCGAGAAACAGAGAAUGAACACUGUUGAACAAUUGUUGAGUGCUGUUUCCUCGAAAUUUCCUCAAGACAUGUGGUCAACGAUAUUCAGCACUCCCCAGGAUUUGACGACUUUUUUAAAGAUGUUUCCUGAUGCCUUCAAUGUACAGAAGAAUAUGGUAUCAAUACAUACGAAACCAAAAUUUACUUCUGAUAAUGGAACCAAGAAUGAGGGAAAGAGGAAAGAGAGUUGUGAUAAGACCGAUGAGUUACAGCAGAGCAGAACUCUAUCACCUUCGGUAACAUCCGGAGGACAGGGUCAAUAUAUUUUCAAUUCAGUGGAAAAACAAAUUUGUAGUGACAGUGGCAACGAUGAUUAUCAAUCUUCCAUAGAAUCGAAUUCACAUUCACCACCCGUUAGUUUGCAACAACAAACUUUGAAGCAGCGGAUUAAUACAUUGGUCAUGAAAACUCUGGCUGAUAAUACUGAAAGAGAUAGAAAUUUACAUGCGACUCAAGUUGGUGAUGCAUGGAAAUUGAAGAUAUUUCAGCAGACUAGAGUUAUCGUUAAUGUUAGAGAAUCACUGCAUAUAAUUGAUGAAAUAAUGAAUCCUCAACGAGGAACAGCUGAUGGUAAAAUUGUUGUUUCCUUCGAUUGCGAAGGUAUCAAUGUCGGUGCUAAAGGCCAACUGACGCUUGUACAGAUUGGAACUGCUCAGGGCCACGUUUAUAUUUUCGAUUUGUUUACAUCACCGAAUUUGAUCACGGGCUUACGCCAACUUUUGGAGAAUCCAAAUGUUGUAAAGGUAAUUCAUGACUGCAGGAAUGACAGUGUGAAUCUAUUCAAUCAAUUUGGAAUCGUUCUGAAUAAUGUGUUCGAUACUCAGGCAGCACAUGCAGUAAUCCAGUAUCAAGAUGUAGGGAAGCCCGUUUACAAAGUGAAAAGUGUUAAUCUGAAUACACUCUGUGAGAUGUAUGGAGCUCCAUGUAAUCCACUAAAGGAGCAAUUAAAGUAUAUUUAUCGACGUGAUCAAAAAUACUGGUCGCGUCGACCAAUGUCACGGGAUAUGCUGAUUUACGCCACCAGUGAUGUUCUUGGACUCGUGCCUCAAGUAUACAAUGCAAUGUUUAGACUCAUUCGACCGGAGACGCAAAGCCUUUUCAAAGAAUUGUGCGAAGAACAAGUGCAGAUGCAUAUAAAUACAGCUGAAGUAAAAUCUCGCAAGAAACAACGGAAGAUGGAAACCGAAGUAAUGGAUUUGCGCAGGAGAAUGGAGGAAACAACUGGAAAAAAUAUUGUAUUGAGUAAUCGUGAAAUUCGCCUCCUGCGAUAUUUAUCUCUGACUGAGGAUGAAAAAGAAAAACUGAAAGGUUGUUACAAAGUUGCAAAGAAAUUGGAAAAACUGGAGAGUUUAGGUCAGGAUAAAAAUGAGAGUUCUGAUGAUGAUGAUGACGAUUGUUUUGACGAUGAGGAAAAAAACGAAGAAUAUCCAAGUUUAGAUAGUUGUACUUCUGACAAUUCUCAAAAUGACAUAACGUCCAAAAUGGAAUCUCCAUCAUUGACGGAGACCAUGAAAAUGGUCGAUGAAGUUCUCCAGGAUGGUCAGAUGGAUGGUUUUGAAAGAAUUGACAAACUAGAAGCCAUUUUAUCAGCCGUUAGUUGUUCAACUGACAAAUUACUCAGUGAUUCCGUCCACAUAAAUAGCCCCAACUGCAUGUGUCAGGGAUUUUCUCCAGUAAAAUCCGCAGUUCAACGUUCUGAAGCAGCAUGUCAGACACUUAGCACUGGCGAUAUUGUUAUAACGAGAAUAUUUUUCGUUGAGGAGGAGAAAGAAAGGACGAAAUUACUGAAUUCGCCAAAAAAAUGAUUUUUCAUAUAUUUUUAUUAAACUAACUGGUAUACUGAAUUUUUAUUAACUGAAUCAUUGAAUAGUCAUGUACUAGAAAUUUUAUGAUGUUACGCAAUAUUUAACACUGAUAGCUCAUCAGCUAUAAUUAUAUGAAUCGUAUGUGCGAAGAGGAGACGAUAUUUUUUCUAAAAAAAAAAACAAAAAACGAAAGCCUUAUUCUAACCGUUGACUUUUUUAUAUAACAAUUUUAACUGGUUUUAUGCAGAGUUCAAUAAAUCAUUGUGAA